CUGAAAUAUAAUUUUACCUGAAAAUCUUCACCAAAUUGAGAAUGACUUAAAUUUUCAAAUGGGGAAUCAUCCAAAAAAGAUAAACUGUCAGAUGGAGUGAAAAUAUCCUGAUCCAUAAUAAAAAAUGGUUGAAGAAGUCCUCGUAUAUUCUCGAAAGUCGCUCUAUUUUACAAUGGGACAAAUAUAAUAUCUUGUAUACAUCACACGACAGAAAUAAAAUUCAUAGCCUUAAUGAUACCAAAGAAUUCAAGCAUCAUGCUCAAAAUUCUUCAAAUCUCGCAAAAAUAAAAUACAAACGUAUCAAUUAUACCGACCCGGAGGUUUGUGGUGAAGUUUGUGAUCUUAAUAUUCACGGGUACCCCACAAAAUUUUGGCCUUUCAUCAUAAAAAAUAUCGAUUGCCCCUUAAUGAUGAAAAAAUUAACCAAAACAAUUAAAACAGAAUGGCCACCGCCUAAACAACCACCCAUUGAAAUGUACGAUGAUUUUACGAUGUUUGGCAGGAUGCCCUUAGAUAAAAAUUUAUGGUAUUUUCAAGAAAAAUAUUUAGGUAAUAUGAAAUCGACACCUAUCACGAAAGAAGAAAUACAAUUUAAAAUUACAGCCAGGGCCCUAAGAUGGAAAAUGUCAACGUAUGGAAUAGUCGAAGAAGAUCUUUUACAAGCGGCUUUAAUUAAAUAUUCGCAAGGGGUGCAAGAUAAAAUAGGACUGGAUUUCGGUAGCAGUGACCCUUGGAUUACAUCGAUAGCUCUGCUGAAUGGGGCUUCUAAAAUGUAUAUGUUUGAUUACAUAAAGACCGUUUCAUUAGAUGAUGAGAUAGAAACGUUGACACAGCUUCAAUUAUAUCGUAUCUGGCAUCAACAAUUGACAAUUAUGGACGAAAAUAAAUUACGUGAAUCAAGUUUAACUCGGAGUAAAAAGGGCAGGAAAAAUCAUUCGCUUAUGUUUGAUUUUGCAAUAUCAUUUUCGUCAAUCGAACAUUCGGGGCUAGGAAGAUUUGGUGAUCCCUUGAAUCCAUAUGGAGAUUUAGAAGCGAUGGCUCAAAUGUGGUGUGUAAUGAAACCAGGAGCAAUUUUAUUUCUCAAUGUACCCUUCCAUCAAAAUGGUUCGAGUUUAGUGUGGAAUGCUCAUAGAAUAUAUGGUUACAAUCGAUUACAACAUUUAACCGCUAAUUGGAAAAUUUUACAGGAAUUCAAUUCUUGUCAGUUGACAAAUGGCCUUAUGUGUGAUGGGGGAUUUGCUGUCUUGUGGGUAUUAGAGAGAGUUUAAACAAUUCGUCUUUAGUCCUAUAUGAAUUAGGUCAAAAUAUUUAUAAAAAAACCUGUCCUAUUUUUUAUAGAAA